AUGGCCCAUGGAGAGGGGUCGACUGCCAAUGUAAAUGGGAGCAAUCCGGCCGGUUUCACAAACUCCGUUCUGGCGUCACUUCACAAACUCAGUAAGGUACUGGCAUUGAGCAAACUAGUAAAUAUCAAUGGAAACACACUGGACAUGGCCGAUGUCGUCGCCGUCGCUAAAUACAACCGUCCUCCUACCAUCCAGGACCAGCAUGGCACUAAUUUGAGGAUGAACGCGAGCGUGAACUUCCUCAAUGACCAGCUGGCUGCAGGAGAAACCAUUUAUGGUGUCAAUACCGGAUUUGGAGGCAGUGCUGAUGCACGCACGGACAACUAUGGUGCUCUGCAGAAAGCCCUGAUCCAGCAUCACAAUGCAGGCAUCCUGUUGCCAAGCGAUCGUGGAGUCGGAGAGAGUCUAGUCCAAGACAGCCUCAAGAGCCACAAUAUCCCACCUCACAUUGUGAAGGCGGCGAUGUUGACGCGCUGCAACAGCCUCGUCCGGGGUCACUCAGCCGUACGCCCUGUUGUUGUCCAAAGCAUCGUGACGCUCAUUGGCAAUGACCUCACGCCCAUCGUUCCACUCCGAGGAUCCAUCUCCGCUUCUGGUGAUCUAACUCCUCUCGCGUACAUUGCCGGGGCUCUGGAAGGGAACCCCGACAUUUAUGUCGAUUCCGGUAAAGGGAACCGUAACAAGACCAUUGCGUCCGAUGAAGCACUGAGAGCUGCUGGACUCGCGCCUCUCUCGUUCAAACCUAAGGAAGCGUUGGGUCUCCUGAAUGGUACCGCAUUCUGCGCCGGAGCAGCCGCUCUGGUCUUGUUUGAGGCCAACCAGAUGGUCAUGUUUGCUCAGGUUCUGACCGCGAUGAGCACGGAGGCCCUGAUGGGAACUCGUCUCAAUUUCCAUCCGUUUAUCGCCACAGUCAGACCUCAUCCCGGACAGAAAGAAGCCGCGGAAAAUAUGUACGCCAUGCUCAAGGACUCGCACUUGGCAUCGGACGCAACCCCUGAGAGUGUCGGACUAGCGCAGGACCGGUACGCCCUCCGUACUUCGUCCCAGUGGAUUGGGCCCCAGAUCGAGACCAUGGAACUCGCAACCAGUCAGGUGGAGCGUGAGCUCAACUCCUCCACCGACAAUCCUUUGCUCGAUUCCGUCAACCGGGAAGUCCACCACGGGGGCAAUUUCCAGGGAGCUGCCGUCACGUCUGCGGUCGAGAAAACCAUGACUUGCAUGCUCAUGCUUGGCAAGAUGAUCUUUGGCCAAUGCAGCGAGAUACUGAAUCCCAUGUUCAGCAAGGGUCUGCCGCCAAAUCUCUGUGCCGACGAUCCCAGCCUGUCUUUCGCGUUCAAGGGCGUGGACAUCAACAUGGCCUCGUACAUCUCCGAGCUGGCGUACGUCGCACGGCCGGUGAGCAACUUCGUUCACUCAGCCGAAAUGCAUAAUCAAUCUAUUAACUCGCUAGCACUGAUUGGAGCCCGCUACGCGUCAGAUACCGUUGAGAUCGUGGGUAUGAUGGUUGCUACUCACCUGUAUGUGCUCUGCCAGGCACUCGAUCUCCGGGUCCUCCAACUCGAGUUCGAGCGCAUUAUUCAACCUCGCGUGUUUGACAUCACACGAACUGCAUGCAACGGGGCUGUAGCUGACACUCAGGUGCUGGUUAUCCAGCAAGCCGUGUGGAAGCAGCUGUUGGGCCAGUGGAGCCACGCCGCCAGCUUGGACCUAGUCGAGCGCGCCCAGACAUCCGCCAGCAACACGGUCGGUGUCCUGUUGAGCCAGCUCUACUUCCAUCGCGUCAUCAAAGACGGCCAAAUCCCCAGUGCAGCUCUGCAACAAUGGCAGGAUAGUGUCGUGGGAGUCCUCACCGAAGAAUAUCAGACUUCGCGCUCCGCAUUCUUCGUGCAGCAGACAACACAGGACUACCUCUGCACCUCGUCGAAAAUCCUCUACUGCUAUGUUCGUGAGACGUUGAAGAUUCCUUUGCACCGUGGGAUCGAGGACCAUCCUACUUACUCGGCUCAGUCCACUGACAACGCCGCUGAUAACAAAGUGACUAUCGGCUCUCACAUCAGCGCGAUCUAUCUCGCUCUGCGAGAGGGGGAUCUCAUGCAGUCUCUUGCGAGCUGCUUUGAGAUCCCCCAAGCGCACGUGGAGAACUAA